CGUCGGUGCCCGGGGAUUCGGGGCAGUAACUCUUGUGCGGCCUCGUCUAAACCUGUGAGAGAGCCCGCAGCUCCCGCCGGCACCGCGUUAGGCUCCUAACAGGAGCCCGGCUCCUGCGGAAGAGCCUGUCGCUCGGCCGAUGUCUCUGCUGUCAAAGGAAGUGAAAGAUGAAGCCUCUUGUUCUCUUGACUCUUGUGAUCUGUACCGUAGUCAGCAUGAAUUUGAAGUUCGUGUCAAAGAGAAAUUCUGUUGAUGGUUGCAUUGACUGGUCAGUGGAUCUCAAGACAUACAUGGCUUUGGCAGGUGAACCAGUCCGAGUGAAAUGUGCCCUUUUCUACAGCUAUAUCAGAACUAAUUAUAGCAUGGCCCAAAGCACAGGUCUUAGGCUUAUGUGGUACAAAAACAAAGGAGAUUUAGAAGAACCCAUUAUAUUUUCUGAAGUUAGGAUGAGCAAGGAUGAAGAUUCAAUAUGGUUUCACUCGGUUGAGUUGCAAGACAGUGGUUUCUACACCUGUGUCCUAAGAAACUCAACGUACUGCAUGAAGGUGUCCAUGUCCUUGACGGUAGCUGAGAAUGAAUCUGGGCUUUGCUACAACAGUAAGAUCAGAUAUCUGGAAAAAUCAGAAGUCACGAAGAGAAAGACAAUCUCCUGUCCUGAUAUCGAGGAUUACAAAACGGCCARUGAGGAGCCGGACGUGGUGUGGUACAAGGAAUGUAAGCCAAAAAUGUGGAGAAACGUUGUAAUUCAGAAGGGAAAUACUCUCUUAAUACAAGAGGUUCAGGAAGAAGAUGGAGGAAAUUAUACCUGUGAACUGAAGUUUGAAGGCAAGCUUAUCCGAAGAACAACGGAACUGAAGGUUACUGCUUUGCUCACAGACAAGCCUCCGAAGCCGCUGUUCCCCAUGGAGAACCAGCCAACUGUUAUAGAUGUCCAGCUGGGCAACCCGCUGACCGUAGCCUGCAAAGCCUUCUUCGGAUUCAGCGGAGAAUCGGGGCCCAUGAUCUACUGGAUGAAAGGGGAAAAAUUCAUUGAAGAAUUAGAAGGUCACAUUAGAGAAGGCGAAGUCAGACUCCUCAGAGAACAUCUYGGAGAGAAGGAAGUGGAACUGACGUUGAUCUUUGAUGCUGUGGAAGAGGCAGACCUGGCAAACUAUACGUGCCACGUGGAAAACAGGAAUGGGCGGAAGCAUGCCAGUGUCCUCCUGCGUAAGAAAGAUUUGAUCUACAAAAUCGAGCUAGCUGGAGGAUUGGGAGCCAUCCUGCUUCUGCUUAUUUUGCUUGUGACCAUCUACAAGUGCUACAACAUAGAGCUGAUGCUGUUCUACCGACAGAACUUUGGAGGAGAYGAGGCAGCGGAUGACAACAAGGAAUACGAUGCGUAUCUUUCGUACACCAAAGUGGAUCCUGAUGCUUUAGAUGGUGAUAAUAACGAUGAGGAGCAGUUUGCGCUUGAAAUCCUGCCCGAUGUUCUGGAAAAGCACUAUGGCUACAAGCUCUUCAUUCCGGAUAGGGACCUGAUCCCUAGUGGAACCUACAUUGAAGAUCUCACAAGAUGUGUUGAGCAAAGCAGAAGACUCAUUAUCGUGUUAACUCCAGACUAUGUUCUCAGGAGAGGAUGGAGUAUUUUUGAGAUGGAAAACAGACUCCAUAACAUGCUAGUCAGUGGAGAAAUCAAAGUUAUUUUGAUUGAGUGUACUGAAUUAAAAGGGAAGGUGAAUUAUCACGAAGUGGAAUCUUUAAAGCAUACCAUCAAACUUCUCUCAGUGGUCAAAUGGAAAGGACCCAAAAGCAGCAAACUGAAUUCUAAGUUUUGGAAGCGCCUAGUCUUUGAAAUGCCAGGGAAGAGAAAGGAGGUGGUGUCUCGGCGUCAGGUCCUGGAUUCUGCAGAACAGGGCCUCUUUGGAGACCUCCAGACUGUCCCCUCUCUCGCUGUCACGGGCACUUCUGCCACGUUGGUAGAGUCGCGAGCUGAUGUGACUGAUUUCCAGCAGACAGAUGCUGUACAAAUGAGACAUUACUGCAGAGGAUAUGAAUAUGACGUGUCAGCGGCGACAUUGCCAAUAGCUUCCAUAAGUAACCACCACACGUACUGUAACAUACCUUUGACGCUACUAAACGGACAGCUACCUCUUAACAGUACCGUGAAGGAUCCCCAGGAGUUUCCCAGGAACAACCCCUUGCUGCCUUUAUCAGCACAGGAGCUUAGCUUCACCAGCGAUAUUUGGUAGUGAAGAUCAGAACUCUUUGGAGACGCUUCAUGACCACCAUGAAGACACAUUUUUAGAGAACUUUGCAGUAGCCCCAUGGGGUGUCUGACCACGUUUGAAGCAGCAGCACACUUCCUUGCUUUUCUACUUGAACUUUUUUGUUUACGUUUACAAAUUCUUGACAAAGGGGCCGUUCUUUUGUAAGCCAAUAAUGUCCUUCCUAUCUCUCAAUGUACAAUUUUACUGGUCCUUUAGAAAGGAGGGGGGAGAACAAAAACACAUCCCAUCGUUUUACAGUAGGUUUACAGUCUGGGAUGGAUAAGUGUUCACUGUAUAUGAUCUCCAACAUCCAUAUUUAUGUAACUGUAAUUGAAAUCGAAAGCUGUUGGGUUUUUGUUUUCAUAUAUACUUCMGCACAGAUUGGAAAUUCCGAUGUCGUGUCACGCUACAAAAAUGAUUGUCUCCUUCAUAGACCACAAGGGAUGAGCCAUUAUUAAAAGAGAGGAGGAGGGAGCCUUCCCAGUAGCAUUAUCUCAGAAAUACAUUUGAGAGGAUGACCAGCUCGAACAAUGCAGAUGAAGAGCUACCAGCUUUAUCAGUAAAGUACACGGUAAAAGUUACUGCAGUGUAAAUCACCUGCUCACAUCAACAUCUGUUCAUUUUAUUACUGAGGCAUGUUGUACUCCUAGUCAAUGGUUAGCAAUGUGUUUUUAUUAAACAACCUACUAGACUACCAGAAGAUGUUUAAGAAGGAUUUUAAACAGUUUUUGUGUGGGUUAUAGAUUAUUUCACACUUUUUGCAGAUUUUUAAUGACUUUUUUUAAGGAAUUUAAGUAUGCAUUUAUCUGUCUGUUGGUGAAUCCACUGGUUUGAAAUUUCUUAAGACCUCUUGACCUGUUUUAAAAUUUAUAGUAAAGGCAAUGUGAUUUUACGUAGGAUUUCUUUUUUCCAAAAUAAAUAGUUACAGUUUAAAACUAACUUUUACUGAGGAUGUCAGCAAUAGAAUAUAACUACUACAGCAAUAUUCAGAAGUGCUAAAUUUUUCAAGUUUACUAAUAGUCAGACUCUAAUUGCAGUGAUAAUCACCUGAGACAGUUCUCUCUGUAUCUAUUGGUCAAUUUAUUUAUCUUUUUAAUGUGAGUGAAGCAGGACUAUUCCUGCUCUCUGUGCAAGUAGUAAAGGUGAUCUUUCUCAGCAGCUGGUGCAUUUCUCACUUAGGUGAGUGGUCCCAUCAGUAAAAUGAGGAUACAGUAAUUUAUCUUACAUGGAAAGUAUUCUUGCUGUGUGUGGGUGACAAGUGUUAGAGAUACCCWGCAUCGUGCGUUACUACUCAGUGAGCUGAGUUUCCUUCCAGCCACUACGGUUCGUGAGGAUUUCCAUGCUCAGAUGGGUAAGGCCUGCARAGCCAGAUCAUGGAGACAACAACGYUGAGGGCAGCAGCUCUAACUAAUGAAGUCAGAAGCCAGUUUUGCAGCAUUUAGCAAAGCUUUCAGGAAAUCACAGCAGACAUGAGAGUUUUGGCUCAGCAAGAUGUGCUGCAGCAAGCCCCCAGAAACAUUUUUAUGCAGGCAGCAUAAAAUUGCCUGUAUUUCAGUCUUAGUGCCGCUGUCUUUGAUUGCAUGAGUAAAAGUUAGCACUCUGCUCACAGCUGCCUGGGGUUCAAUCAGCAAAUGAGUCCAGGAAAUACCUAACAUUUUGCAGUGGUUCUGAAAUUGUACCCUACGGUCAAAUGGAACAAACACUGACCUAAGACUURAAACAUUCAGAAUGGGCCUAAAGGCCCUUGAGAAUCACCUCAAAUGUGCAAUAAUCCAUAGAGGUUCAGUAUUUUUUCCAUUGCUUCUUUCCCCGAUUCUUUAUUCUGUGGCUUCUUAUAUCCGUAAUUAUCUAUAAGAUUUUCAUUAGGUUCUAAAUAAUAUAUGUUUCUCUGUUCUUUUGGAAGUUUGRUUUUUUGUUUGUCUAGAAUGUUACGCAUUUAACACGAACACAGAACAUGGGAAUCUAGGAAAGAUAUUAAUUUGUUGCACAG